AUGUCUUCCUUUCUUGAAUUUACUUUCUUCCUUCACUUUUCUUUCUUUAAUUCUUUCUUUCUUUUACUCUCUUUCUUUUUUAUUCAUUCAUUCAUUCUUUCUUUCUUUCUUUCUUUCUUUCUUUCUUUCUUUCUUUCUUUCUUUCUUUCUUUCUUUCUUUCUUUCUUUCUUUCUUUUUCUUUCUUUCUUUUUUUUCUUUCUUUUUAUUUUCUUUCUUUCUUUUUCUUUCUUUAUUCUUCCUUGUUCUUUCUUUCUUGUUCUUCCGUUGUUUUCAUGUUUUUUCUUUCUUUCUUUCUUUCUUUCUUUCUUUCUUUCUUUCUCUUCCAUUGUUUUCUUGUUCUUCCAUUAAGGCAAAAAUACGGCAGGUUAAACCAGAUUUUAUUCGAAGAUGGCGUCUGUGUGUUUGCAUUCUUCCUGUUAUAUAUUUUUGGUAAAAUUUGGGAUCUAUCUAUCUAUCUAUCUAUCUAUCUAUCUAUCUAUUCAUCUGAACCUAAUGAUAUCUAUCUAUCUAUCUAUCUAUCUAUCUAUCUAUCUAUCUAUCUAUCUAUUAUCUAUCUCAACCUGCUGAUUAUCUAUCUAUCUAUCUAUCUAUCUAUCUAUCUAUCUCAAACCUAA